UAGACAAUUGUAGAAGAAGCAUGAAAUAUUUUAUUAUUUUAAUAUUGUCAUUUUCAAUUCUAAAUUUCGUCCAUUGCGAUGAUAUUUGGCAGUGUAGUGAUAUUGAGAGUCCUGACACACAAGCAACGUUCAAAGAAUUAGGAUGUUACACUGAUAAUACAAAUUUGAUUGUAAAAAAGUUUUACUAUCCUCGAUACUUCAGAUCAAAUUGGAUAGAAGCACAAAUGAUUUGUAAAUCAUAUGAUAUGGAAUUGGCAAGAUUUGAGUCAAUUGAUGAAGUAAAUGAUGUUUUUGCAUUCUUGAAGAAUAGUAGUGAUAAUGUGUUCCGAGACGGUUACUGGAUGUUUGUUGGUGGAAUCACAUCAACGCCUGGUUCAGUUACUAGUUGGUAUUGGACUCAAACUGGAGUAAAAGUGUCUUUUGAUAUUCCGUGGGCAACAUCAAAUCCAUCUGGUGGACAUGAACAAUGUUUGAGCAUUGGAAAACACGGUUUUGGUUAUCCUUUGUCUUUUAAUGAUGUUCCUUAUGAAGGCUAUAAAAAUAUCUUUUUGUGUCAAAAAACAAAAAUUAAAUAUCAAUAAAUAGAUAAAACUUUCAAUUAAACACAUGAUUGAAAUUUCAUAUUAAUAUAA